UACGCAAAAACUGAGAAACAAAAAUAACCAAGUUUCCAACUUCAAAAAACCAAACCCAGAAGCCAAAGCAAAGCAAAGCACAACUUUUAACGUAUCAUCCAUCCCUUUCCUCCAAGCAAACCCAACCAAAAGCCAAGACAAACAAAACACUUGUUUUUUCUUUACACCAAAUAAAGAAGAAAAAGAACAAGGAACAAGGACAAGUUUGUGUUCGGUUGGAUCAUGAUGGCAGCUGAAGGGGUUUCAAGAGAAACCCAAAUGUCUAUUCAAGCCUCUUCAAUGUUUCCAGGGUUUAGAUUUUCACCAACUGAUGUUGAGCUCAUUUCUUAUUACUUAAAAAAGAAACUGGAUGGUUAUGACAAAUGUGUUGAGGUCAUUCCUGAGAUUGAAAUUUGCAGAUAUGAGCCUUGGGACUUGCCAGCUAAGUCCAUCAUAAAGUCAGAUAAUGAAUGGUUCUUCUUUUGUGCUCGAGGAAGGAAGUACCCAAAUGGUUCACAAAGUAGACGAGCAACCGAACAGGGUUAUUGGAAAGCCACAGGGAAAGAACGUAAUGUGAAGUCCGGUUCGAAUGUGAUCGGCACGAAGAGGACUCUCGUCUUCCACACAGGUCGUGCUCCGAAAGGGGAAAGGACCGAAUGGAUCAUGCAUGAAUAUUGCAUGAAAGGAAAAUCCCAGGAUUCCCUAGUGGUAUGCCGUCUUAGGAAGAACAGCGAGUUUCGUCUGAAUAACAAUUCGAAUCGGGUUGCUCGGAAUCACAGGGAGUUGUCAAUCGUGCAUGACAGCAACCAUGCUACCUCAGAUGGUGGAACUGAUCUAACUGGCAUCUCUGAAGGGGACAAGGCAAUUGAAUUCUAUUCAAAGAAGGCUACUAGCAGUAACGAUUCUCAUUCUAUAGAGCAAAUCGAUUCGGCAUCCGAAUCUGAGCAAAAGCUUUCCAAUGAAGUUGCACCAACAGAGUCUUCUACACUUAAGAAGGAUUCUGAUGAUGAAGAAGAUUUCUUCGCUGAGAUACUGAAAGAUGAUAUAAUCAGGCUUGAUGAAACUUCAUUGUCAGCCUCAACACCUGAGAUUUUGCCUAUGAUAGCCACCACUACCCACCGUGUAUCCCUUCUCCAGGGCGGAGCAAACCGGAGAAUCAGAUUGACAAGAACUAAAGCAGAUGUCAUCCAACAUGGCACCGGUGGGAUCUCGACCAAGAAAUGGAAGUCGGAGGGACCACCAAAAUGUUUGCUAUCUGUAUUCUCACCGAGGACUGCCAUUUUAGUCAUCCUGAUAACUUUACUGGCUUUGUUGCUGCCAUGUUCCAACUUCAAAAGCAGCAAAGUAUUUCAAAUAAAAAUGUCGAGACCGAUGUUACUUGUUUUCCUAUUUAUUAUAAUCAUAAUCACCUCACAAUUUGAGUGGAGGCAACCACUUGUUGUUGAUGUUGACACGACCCCGAGUGUAUCGCAGAAGCCGCAACAAAUUUCAAGGAGGGAAGAAGCUGUGAAAGAAAAGAUCAUCUUAUCACAAGAGAAGAAGAUUCAGAGACUUAAUGAACUUGUGCGGAGUCUUGAGCAGCAACUGCUGCAGUGCAAGGGUGAUAACAAGACAACUAAUGGCACUGUAAGUUAUUUGACUGAACGGAUUCUUGAGCUUGAGAGGCAACAGAUCUUAGAGGACUAGGCAGGGUAUUAUAUCGCAAAACAUAUGCUCUGAUUGUGGUGCAUUGAAGCUUUAAAAUCCUUGUUUAUCCAUGUAAGUGUAAGUUCAAUAUUUCAUUUGUUGUAAGUUAUAUGGUUUUUCCCCUUCAUUUGUGUCCACUCCAUCUCUUCCAAAUGGAAGCGGUGAAAGCUAUGCACACAGUAUAAAUCAUCCAUUUUACAAUCCUUAGUCAUUGCUAAGUGGCUGCUGUUAUUUGACUCAGCUACUUUGAAACCAAUCUUCUGUUAUUAUACUGUAUUAGAAUUAUCAGCAACAUUUAGCCGAUUGAGAAUGAAAAAAAAGCUAUGAUGAGUUUCAUGGUGUAGGUAGUCGGCUCAUAUAUGAUGCUAAGAAAAAGUUAUUUUCUGUGUUUACAUGCUACAUGAUUUUGUGAGUUGACUCCAAAAGUUCUCAUAUAUGAGCUCUAGAUUCUGCUAUUUUGCUCUGGAUGUAUUGUUUCCAUGAUAUA